AUGCCACUGUGCAAGUCUGGGUGUCUUUCGACAUUGCUUGGGGGUUUUAGGAAAGACAGACAUGCAGAGGAGGGAAGGCACGAGGCAGACGACCAAAAGGUCCAGGAAAAUGACGAGAGCACCCCGGCAAAAGGAUCUCCCAGCAGUGACGCUGCUGGCAACGUUAGUCAAAUCACAGAGGUUCGACAAGGUGAUCAAUCACCGGAUAUCGGUAACACUGCUGCACACCACCGACAACAACCAACCAACCAGGCGGUUUCUAUCCACAAAGCUCUCUGGGAUAAGGCCUAUAGUAACCUCAAGAAUGACCUGGAAAAGGCAGAAUACGUCUUAAGGUAUGAGGAACUGCUUGCGAAGGUAUUUUUGAACCAAUCCACGACCGAGAAAGCAGUCGGAACGAACGAGUCUUCUCAACACCUCGGAGAAGAACAAAUGAAAAAAGUGGUUGAAGAAGGCCUUUCGAGAAUUGAGAAAUACAAGAAAGCUAUUGAGCAUUCGGAGAGCACUAUCAAUGUAAUCAAGCAGGUCAAAUCCAUUCUUGACAUCCCUCUGAAGAAUGUCUCUCAGACUGCACUGCCGUGGGCCGUGAUUUCAUCGAGUGUUGAUAUACUGCUCAAGCCAGUCAGCGCUGGAGCAGCUCUCUACAACGGCGUAGCUUAUGCGGUUUCUAGGAUCGAGUGGUACUCGAAAUUGACCAAUAAACUUCUAUGUGAGGACAGCAUAAAAGAUGAUCAGUCGCUACACGGAAUACGAGAGGACAUAGCUGGGCGAAUCACGUCGUUGUAUGAGUCACUGCUGUUCUAUCAAAUCAAGAGCGUCUGUUUCUAG